AUGACAAAUCCUCGUGAGCAUAAUAAUGUUAAUGUUGUUGUGACCAGAAGUGGUAAGUCUACUGAGAAACUAGAAGAAAACAUUGUAGAAGAAGAUAGGUUGUUGGAAGUCGAGUUAGAAAUCAAAGAACCGAUGAAAACAGAGGAUGAUGUUAUGAUAAUGCCUAUAAAGGUGAAGGAAAAAGCUAUCAAGCCAAUCAUUAAACUUCCUUAUCCUCCGAGACAAAAGAAGAAAUGCCAACAUGGGAAGAAUUUUGAGAAGCUUUUAGAGAUGUUUAAGAAACUUAAGAUAAACGUUCCAUUUUCUGAAGCUCUGGAGAAAAUGCUAAUAUAUGCCAAAUUCAUGAAAGAAAUCAUCUCCAAAAAGCACUCCACAAAUGUAGACCCAAUAAUCCUCACUGACACUUGCAGUGCUAUUCUCAAAGGGAUGAAAAUUCCUGUGAAAAAGAAAGACAGGGGUUCUGUUACUAUUACUUGCACUAUCGAUGAUAGAAAAUUCAAGAAGGCUCUGAUUGAUUUGGGAGCUAGUGUGAGUUUGAUGUUGUUGUCCAUUUAUAAAACAUUGGGCCUUGGCACCGUUCAAGACACUAGGAUAUGCGACCUUAUUGAAUUGUGGAGGAUGUUCUGGUAA